AUGGCAGUGCUCCCGCCCUUGAAUUUCUUGACGCUACACUAUUUCUAUUUCAUUGCUACAUGCAUCAUUACUAGUAUCGUUUUCUACUUGACAUCGACGCCAUGGGGCAGCGUUGCCUAUGUGGACUCGAUUUUCAUGUGCGUCAGUGCUAUGACCGGUGCUGGAUUGAAUACGGUCGAUCUGUCGACUCUGAACACCUUCCAACAAGCGGUUUUGUUCACUCUGCUUAUCCUGGGCCAUGCCAUUCUCAUCUCCCUCACCGUACUUCUAGUACGUAAGCGGGCAUUCGAGGCAAAGUUCAAAGGCGUCUCCGAUGAGCGGGAGAGAGAGCGCUCUACUCGUAGCCCCUCAGAAGUUGAACUGCAGGUCAGAGACCGGGAACCCGCUCAUGGAAGCACCGGGACUGAUCUACCGGGCGAGAGCACCCAAGGACACGGCUGUAAACCACGCCCAAAGUCAUCCGUGUUGGUUCAAGUGACCCCGGCAGAGUCAUCAUCCCGUGACGAACAGCCAUGGGUGGACGACGACCAAAUAACCAUCGGCGGCACACCCCGUCAUCAUCACCACCGGGUCUUCCCCAUGGCUGGCAUCGGGGCGAGACCCGAUCUGAAUAACCACCCGCGCGAUGCGGCGCCCAAUGUGCCCUUGGUAGUCAAGGAUUCGGUGUCUGGCUUCAAGGGAAUUCUCCGCGGUACACAGAAGUACAUGGCCUCCAAGGGACUUGUCUCCCGCAACUCCCAGUUCCACGAUCUCACUCCCGCUGAGCGUGACGAACUAGGUGGUGUGGAGUACAAGGCCGUCUCGUUUUUGUCCGUGGUUGUGUUCCUUUACUUCAUCUUGUUUAUUAUCUUCGGCAUGGUCGGUGUCGGUGGCUGGCUGGAAGCCAAUGAUCCCGCCGUGACGCGCACGAACGGUCUCUCGCCUUUCUGGACGGGUGCUUUCUUUGCUGUUUCUGCUUUCGUGAACAGUGGCAUGUCGCUCCUGGAUGCGAAUAUGACUGCUUUGCAGUUGAGGGCUUACCCAUUGCUCACAAUGGGAUUGCUGAUUCUCGCUGGAAACACCCUCUUCCCAUGUUUCCUGCGGUUCAUUAUCUGGACUAUGAGGGUCAUGCUUCCGGAUCGGCCGAAGUGGCAGUCGUGGCGCAUAACCCUUGAUUUCAUCCUGGAGCAUCCUCGAAGGGUCUAUACGAAUCUCUUCCCUGCUCGCCAUACGUGGUAUCUGCUCGGCACGAUUAUCAUUCUGAACGGUAUCGACUGGGCGGCAUUUGAGCUACUGUCUAUUGGAAACAAGGAUAUUGAGAGUCUUCCUACCGAGUACCGUCUGCUGGAUGGACUGUUCCAAGCCCUAGCGGUGCGCGCUGGUGGAUUCUACGUUGUAACCAUUGCCGACCUUCGCCAAGGUCUUUUGGUUCUUUACGUACUUAUGAUGUACGUCUCGGCGUACCCAGUAACGCUCACAAUGCGCAACACAAACGUCUACGAAGAACGCUCGCUAGGAAUAUACGCACACGACGAAUCCAGCGACUCACCAGCAAACACAACCCGCAGCAACGUAGUAAUGGACCUACUCCGACACCACCUCGGCCGCCCCGGCCUAUCCGAGACUUCGCGCGGCUACUUCGUGCACCAGCAGCUCCGCUCCCAGCUCAGCCAUGACCUGUGGUGGAUCGCACUGGCGGUGUUCUUUAUCGCAAUCAGGGAGUCAGACCACUAUGAAUCCCAGCCCGUGGCUUUCUCCACCUUCAAUAUUAUCUUCGAGGUUGUCUCGGCUUACGGCUGUGUCGGUGUUAGUCUUGGGUUCCCCGGGAAGAAUUACUCGUUCUGUGGCGCAUGGCAUACUAUUAGCAAGUUGAUUCUUGCUGCUGUUGCUUUGCGUGGUAGACAUCGUGGUUUGCCGGUCGCUAUUGAUAAGGCUAUUAUGUUGCCCAGUGAGUCUUUAGCUUGGGCUGAGGAGGAGGAUGCUGCUAUGCGCAGGGAUAGGUCUAGGGCUUGGGCUCAGGAGCAUGGUGGGCCUGUUGGGACUGUUUAG